AAAACCUACCACCACCACCAUGGGCGAAGUACAGCAAUCUCAAGACGCUAUAGACCCAAAAUCUAUCCCCUCGAACGCUCCUGAGCACUGUCCAGGAACAGAGUCAGAACAAGCAGGCAAGUCGGAUGCCUGCAACGGAUGUGCGAACCAAGAAAUCUGCGCAUCAGGCGCAACCAAGGGACCAGACCCUUCCCUACCUUUCAUCCGUGAACGAAUGUCCACAGUGAAGAGGAAGAUCUUGAUCCUCUCUGGAAAGGGAGGAGUGGGCAAAUCAACGUUUACAGCCCAACUCGGGUGGGCUUUUGCUGCUGACGAAGAUACCCAGACAGGAAUCAUGGAUGUAGACAUCUGCGGACCCUCCAUACCCACUAUCCUCGGUAUCGCCUCGGAACAAGUCCACUCCUCCUCUUCCGGCUGGUCACCCGUCUACGUCCAGGACAACUUUGGCGUCAUGUCCGUCGGCUUCAUGCUCCCCUCCGCCAAAGACGCCGUCAUGUGGCGCGGCCCCAAGAAGAAUGGACUCAUCUCCCAAUUCCUCAAAGACGUCGACUGGGGUGAGCUCGACUACCUCCUCGUCGAUACUCCACCCGGCACCUCGGAUGAGCACCUCAGCAUCGUGCAGUACCUCAAAGAGAGUGGGAUUGAUGGCGCAGUGGUGAUCACCACACCACAGGAAGUGGCCCUCCAAGACGUCCGGCGUGAAAUCGAUUUCUGCAGGAAGGUUGGGAUUAGGAUCAUUGGCCUCGUGGAGAACAUGGCUGGGUUCGUGUGCCCCAGCUGUAAAACCGAGUCACAGAUCUUCAAGCCUUCGACUGGGGGUGGGAAGAGGCUUGCGGAGGAGACGGGGAUUGAGUUUUUGGGGUCUGUCCCUCUCGAUCCGAGGAUUGGGAAGAGUGCGGAUUAUGGGGUUAGCUUCUUGGACGAAUACCCAGAUAGUCCUGCGACGACGGCGUAUUUGAAUAUAAUCGACAGGAUUCGAGACGUCCUUGGGGAUUAA